GGGUAGUUGAAAGGGCAGGAAGGAAGAACGAUCUAAUCAUGCUUACGGAAAAAGAUCAGCUCGUUUCAGCAGAUGAGGAGAAGAUCAAAACGGUGGGACGAAUGACCAAUGUUGCUUUUCGAUUAGGGAAGGCACAUGCUUUGGGAGAUGUCGUAGUCUUAGACGUAAACACUUACGACGUCCUUUUUGGCCUUCCCGCUCUUGUGGCCUUGAGAGCCAAUCUGGAUUUCGAGAGACGAUUGAUUGUCCUCCGAAAUACAGGAGGAAAACUGUAUGUUGUACCGAUGAGAUUAACCCUUCGUACCACCACUAACGUGACUCCGCGAGUCUCCCCCAUGAUGGUGGGAACUCUCCGCGUGAUCACCUGGGAUAAUUUCGCAGAUGACGGGCAACCGUCAAAAGACACGGACAGCAGUGACGAGGACAAUCCAGUGAUCCUGGAGAUGGCACAACAGCGUACCUAUUACCCUAUGCAACGAGCGAACACAAGAUCGCUAAGCCUGGCUGAUCAGAGUCUACAGAGAACACAAGCCAUGAUUAUGGGUGAACCCCUCGUGCAGAUUUUGAGGAUGGUCGAUUCUUUGGAACCCCCUCGAACCUUGUACGAAGCGGGCGAUGAACGUAACAUUCCUGAACUCGUCAACAAGACACGACUCAUCCAGGGGAUGAUUAACUUCUGCGUCAUUGUGUACAUGGACGACAUCCUCGUCUACUCGGAGACCUAUCACGGGCAUGCACAACACAUCGAGUGGACGUUAGGAGCUCUAAGAGAUGUUGGGUUCAAGAUUGCGCUCGAAAAGAGCGAGUUUUUCCUUUCGGAAAUUUCGUUCUUGGGUUACGUGGUGACACGUGGAGGACUGCGACCAGAUUCAAGGAAAGUCGCAGCGGUGAAAGAUGCUCCUGUCCCCAUGUCAGUGACGCAUCUGACGUGGACGAGGGACGUAGAGCACCGCGCUUGGGUCGCAUACAUGGAGCUGUUAAUUAUCCAAGCGUGGAGGACGGAGGUGGAAGGAGACCUUCUCGGAUUUUUAUUCGGAUCAGUGCGUCCCGACUAUCGGCAACAGAUCGUACAGGAACUGACGAUUCCCCUCACGCAGCUGGUUGACGAUCUCCCUCUCGAUAUCAUUUCGCAGAGCGACGAGAGCCCGGUCCCGCACGUCUCUUCACGAACUCUAACACCCUACCUGCAGUGGUCAGCUUGCCUCGAGGAGUUAGCAGGCAACAACAACCCGCCAUCGCAUCAACCAUAUCUGGAUCCCCGGGGGAUAAUCGACCUCGCCUUCUUUCAGCCUCGAACGGCCUCUGAAGACGAAGUGAUAGCACUAGAGGAGGAGGAGGAAGAAAAUGAGGAGGGAAGCGAAGAAAAAGACGAAGCUCCGAAUGAGGGAAGUUACAGCGAGCAUAGUGACGACGAGGAAGAAGAAGAGGUGGAAGAAGAGGAAUCUGAGUGGGAAACCCUGGGAGAAGAGGCGGCGCGUGGAAGGCGCGGAGGAGGAUCCCGAGGCGGUGCGGAAGAGAGAAGAAAUCGCCGCCGGCAAGCGGCAGCUGGAUCACGCAAGUGAGGCGGAUCUGCCAAUCUCGAACGACCCAGCUAAGGAUCCGGAGCCGCCUAAGCCAAAAG